ACUAAAAUAACCUUGUUUCAGUCUUUCAGCUUACUGAAUACUAUUCUGAACUCUUUUUUUUUAGAGCAAUACUAUUCUGAACCUUUAUCAGCCAGACAAAAUCCCUUUCAAUUUUGUCUUUCAACACUUUAAUAAUUUCAUAUGAUGCAGUUCCAAUUCCCAAAGGCGUGCCAAUAAUAACAUUUCGUUUUCGCCCCGUGUGGAAAGCUUUUUGUCUCAUUGGCCGGCCGGCCUUUUUAAGUUUUUAGGCCCCACUAUUUCAUCUUUGAGGCGGUGAUCAUGGCUAACUUGACAAGUCGCGCAAAAGAUACACGGCCAACAAUCGCAGCUUUCUUUCUUCUUCUUCUUCUUUUUUUCUUUUUUCCUUUCCGUCCGUCCCAAAGGGAGAUCGAUAGAUGCCUUCUCUUUUUCAUCAUAGCUUGAUCAUGUGGUGUACUAGGCGCGUAGCUUUGUUAAGCUUAUCCCACCGGUUGAUGAGACGUCCGGAGGACGUUGGCGUGGGAGCUUUCGCGUGCGGGGGCUUCUCCACGCCUCGUUCCGCAUCUCGUCUCUGAAGAUUGAAGAAGUUCAGCAGCUUGCGCUGCAAUUUUUCAUUGGAGGAUAUCCCCGGCAUCCGACAGCAAUCAGACACCCUGACGGCUUCACAAGGAAGAGUGCCGGACCUGUCAACUAAAGAAACCAAACAAAAGCACUUAGCUCUAGCAACAAAUUGUAUCAUUUUUUAUCUGUACCUAUAGCAACAACAUGUUCUAGUAGCUUGGCUGCAGUUCAUUUUCUUGAGCUGAUCAGCUUGCCAGUACAGCUGAUGGCAUUCCAUCGUCAUCAGAUCGGCCGCAUACUUCUCUGCCUGAUCACUCAACAGCUCCAGGAGGAGGACGAGGUGACGAUCAGGGGGGCGGAUCAUAACAGAUUCGCAGCCAACCUGAACGAAUUAACCGUGCUUCUGUUCUGACAGACCAAGAAUCCGGGGGAGCACGCAAAGCGACUGAACCAGAGCUCAUAGCCACUCCUGUUCGUUCAGUUUCAUCACAAGCCCUCAAGCUGAUUCAGGCAUAGUAAUCCGUAGCAGCAGCAACUUGCCGGCUUUCCUAUCUCUCCGUCCCGACACGCCAAGAGUGUGCUUUUUUUGACGGAAGCCAAGAGCGUGCUUUGACCACCAGCAGUUAGUUACCGCGGUUGCUCCAACCAUUCCUUUCUCUACAUAUCGGCGGUCAAAAUCUGUACUUCCUGGGGAAGAUCGCUUGUACGGUAGGCAUGAAGGAGCAAAGAAACGGUGGCGAAAUGGCAGCGGAUCACGUCGGGAAAGACGUCGCCGGCGGCGAUGGCGGCGACGACCGGCGCUCGAAGGCGAGCGGCGAGGAUCUAGAGCAGCCUCGUGGCGACCAGGAACCGGCUGUCGAUCAUGUCAGCAGAGGCCUAGCCAUCGGGCAUUUCAUACGGGAGUUGAUGGUGGAGGGGGUGGCGUCGUUCCUGCUGGUGUUCUGGUCGGCGGUGGCGGCGCUGAUGCAGGAGAUGCACGGCACGCUGUCGUUCCCCAUGGUGUGCCUCGUCGUGGCGCUCACCGUCGGGUUCGUGCUCUGGUGGCUCGGCCCCGCGCACUUCAACCCCGCCGUCACCGCCACCUUCGCCGCCUUCGGCUACCUCCCCUGGGCGAAGCUGCCGUUCUACGUGGCGGUCCAGCUCGCCGGCUCCGUGCUGGCCUGCCUGGCGGUGAACGGCGUCAUGCGGCCGCGGGCGGAGCACUUCUACGGGACGGCCCCGAUGGCCGGCCACACCCGGCUGCCGUUCCUCAUGGAGCUCCUCGCCUCCGCCGUGCUCAUGGUCGUCAUCGCCACCGCUUCCCGAGGCUCCAACCAGACGGCGGGUGGGCUGGCCAUCGGCGCCGCCGUCGGCACGCUGGGCCUCGUCAUCGGGCCGGUGUCCGGGGGGUCGAUGAACCCGAUCAGGACCCUGGGCCCGGCCAUCGUCCUCGGCAGGUACACCUCCGUGUGGAUCUACCUCGUCGCGCCCCUCGCCGGCAUGCUGCUCGGCGCACUCUGCACCCGGGCCGUCAGGAGCUCCGACGCCACCCUCGCCUUCCUCUGCGGCGGCGGGGUGAGAGCGGCAGCGGCGCGCAAAAACAACGGCAGGAGGGCGCCCGUGCUCACGCCGCACGCCAUCGGAGCAGUCGCGUCGCAGCAGUUCUAGUCGCUCGUCGUGACAGCGGCGAGACAAACUUCGAAACUGGGGAAAAUACAUGUGUAUUCGCAGCAGCUCAAAACUAUGCUCUCCGCUGUAUUUACGACACUAUUCUCACCUUUUAAAUUUCAAUUCAAUUAGGUUGAUGGCGCGCCCGUGUGCUUCAGAAUUGCGUCAGCCUGAACUUG